UUAGCCGCGCAAGCUCCGCCCACCGCGGGUGGGGCCCGUGGGGCCCAGCGCGAGGUGUCUUCUCUGGAGUCCGAGGCUUGGAGUCUAUAGGGCGAGAGCGGGAGUCAACAUGGCAGCGAUGCUUAGGAGAAGCCGUGGGGUCCUAAGAAGUAUUGCUCAUGUUGAGUGGAGAUCACAACAUACAAAAGCUGCUCAGAAACGUGAACCAGGAUUCGGAUUUAGUUUUGAGUUAACUGAACAGCAGAAAGAAUUUCAAGCUACUGCUCGUAAAUUUGCUAGGGAGGAAGUAAUCCCAGUUGCUGCAAAAUAUGAUAAAACUGGUGAAUAUCCUGUGCCCCUAAUUAAGAGAGCCUGGGAGCUUGGUUUAAUGAACACACACAUUCCUCAGAGUUGUGGAGGUCUUGGACUUGGAACCUUUGAUGCGUGUUUAAUUACUGAAGAAUUGGCUUAUGGAUGUACAGGGUUUCAGACUGCUGUUGAAGCUAAUUCUUUGGGGCAAAUGCCUGUUAUUAUUGCUGGAAAUGAGCAACAACAAAAGAAGUAUUUGGGAAGGAUGACUGAGGAAAUGAUGAUGUGUGCCUACUGUGUAACAGAACCUGGAGCAGGCUCUGAUGUAGCUGGCAUAAAGACAAAAGCAGAAAAAAAAGGAGAUGAGUACAUUAUUAAUGGUCAGAAGAUGUGGAUAACCAAUGGAGGAAAAGCUAAUUGGUACUUUUUAUUGGCACGUUCUGAUCCAGAUCCCAAAGCUCCUGCAAGUAAAGCUUUUACUGGAUUUAUCGUGGAAGCAGAUAGCCCAGGAGUGCAGAUUGGAAAAAAGGAAUUAAACAUGGGCCAGCGAUGUUCAGACACAAGAGGAAUUGUCUUUGAAGAUGUGAAAGUGCCUAAAGAAAACGUUUUAAUUGGUGAAGGAGCUGGUUUCAAAAUUGCAAUGGAAGCUUUUGAUAGAACUAGACCUCCAGUAGCUGCUGGUGCAGUUGGAUUAGCACAAAGAGCUUUGGAUGAAGCUACCAAGUAUGCCCUAGAAAGGAAAACUUUUGGAAAGCUACUUGUAGAGCACCAAGGAGUAUCAUUUUUGCUGGCAGAAAUGGCAAUGAAAGUUGAGCUAGCCAGAUUAAGUUACCAGAGAGCAUCUUGGGAAGUUGAUGCUGGUCGCCGAAAUACCUUUUAUGCCUCUAUUGCAAAGGCAUUUGCUGGAGAUACCGCAAAUCAAGUAGCUUCUGAUGCUGUGCAGAUUUUUGGAGGCUAUGGAUUUAAUUCAGAAUAUCCAGUAGAAAAACUAAUGAGAGAUGCCAAGAUCUAUCAGAUUUAUGAAGGUACAGCACAAAUUCAAAGGCUUAUUAUAGCCCGUGAACACAUUGGAAAGUAUAAAAGUUAAGAGAUUACUGUAGAGAUUAUAAAACAUGAUAAUUCAUUGCCAACCAUGAUUAAGAGAUUGCAAUAAAGAUUGCAAAACAUAUGUAAUCCUUGAAAAACUAGCACAUGAUUGAUUUCUUGUGCUUUAGAAAAGAAAAAGUGCUUUAACAUUUUUUCAGUAGAAAUAAGUAUGCUUAUAUAAAUAUAAGGUUGAUUCUAAUGGUAGUUUGUACUUUUGUUUAAAUCAGUGAUUUCCAUUUUUUAAAAUAUAUUUGGUUUACAAAAAAAUAAAAUAUAUUUGGUUUCAUUAAAAGUGUGUUAUCCUUAGUGCGACUAUCCUUUAAUGAUACUAACCUAGAAAAAUAAUUUUAUCAUUUGUAUCUCUUAAAAUUAAAAUAGCAGAAAUACCUUAGAAUUUUGUUAAGUUUCCAAUGACAGAAAGUGAACCUAUUAACAAUUCAGGAUAGGGCUGGGGAUUAAGCUCAGUAGUUCUGCCACCUGCCUUGCAAGCACAAGGACCAAAGUUCAAUCCCUGGUACAAAAAAAAAAAAACAGGAUAUUCCAAAAUUUACACUGAGAAAAACUUUAUAGGAUUUGGAUACUACCAAACAACUUGCCAAAGACUUUGUAGACUUAAUGGUUAUUAUUAUAUCAAAUGAAUUUAAUUUAAAAUUUGAAAUGAAUUUUCUUUUAGUUUUACACAGUAAAAGAAUGUCUUGAAAAAUCUUACUACUGAGUCCGUAUUCAUUUGACUUAUUCCAAAUACUAAAGCUUGCCUUAAAUUAUUUUUAUGUGACUCUGUUUGUCACUGGGUAACCAUUGAUCUAUUGUAUACAAUCUUAUAUGCGUUCAUUCUAAAAAGGAACUUAAAUAAAAUGAUCUGUUAUUGCUUUGUGUA